GGAAAAUAAUAGUUGUACUAUUAGAAACAAGACAAUCAGAAGACUGAAAAAAGUAACAAUAAUUUAUUAAUAGAAAAGAGCUAACACCAGCAAAGAAAACACUGAUUUUUUAAAACUAUAAUUAAUAUGCAUCUCCACUUGGCAUCAAUAACACUGCUGGUACAUCUUAGAAAUAGAUGUCAAGUUUACAACUUAUUCUCUUUAUUGUGCUACAUAGUGACUCGAAGAAACACAGGAUUUAAGUUGGCGCUAAAUUAGAGAAAACUGUAACUACAACUUUACAGAGUAAUUCAGAUACGAGGAACUCAACAGCAGCAUCAAUACUUGCUCCUCUUCAAAAGGCAUCCCGCUGAUGUUUAUUCUCAUUUUUUCAAAAUGGAAAUGCAUACACCAAAGUUACAUAUCUUUUGUUCUUGUGCAGAGUGUUAUGAGAAUUGCUGAAGAUGGAACCAUAUCAAAGAACACCAAUAUGGCAGCUUCAUCAAAGCAUUCCAAAUUCUUUAGCUCAGAGUCAGCCCAAUUAGUUACUUCUGAAAGUAAAUCAUAUCCACGUAGUGAAACUAGGAGCAGCCAAACUGAGACACACACUGCUAAAGAAAGUGAAGGCCAUCCUAGAAAAAUUCAAGAUUUUGGGGCCAAUGAUAUGAUGAGUUUAUUUCAACCAGUGGCUGUCGAAAAAGAUGGUGAAGGCCAAGUAAUUGAGCAUCACUCAACUAAAGAUAACCGAGUUUUAAAGGCCCUUGCCGACCUGGAAAAGUGUCUAAAGGUGUCUCUGAAGGACAUAGCUAUCUCUGAGACUAAUAGUCUCUGCCUUAUGGCUGCUCUUAACUUCUUGUCCAACCUUCCUUUCAAAGAAGUAACUCUAUCAGAUGGACUCAGAGAUAUUAUAGACUCUAUGCACAAAGAGUUCCCAAGCAUUCUAUGUUCCUUCAAGCAAGGCUUUGCUAACUCUGACAAGUUGGCAGUGCUUGAAGCUCAUAGGAAUGAGGUAACCAUUACACUUGUUGCCAAUAUUUCUGGGGCAGAGAAUUUGAUAAAUGAAGCUCAAGAGAAGGAAGGAGUUUUGAAGGAACGGGUGAUUAGGUUGAAGAAAGAAAUAAAAGAUUGCGAGAAUGAGUUGUCAUCUCUUGAAGUGGAAAAGAAGAAAUGCAUUGCAGAAAGUAAAGGGUAUAAAAAGAAGCUUGAAAAUAUGAGGAAAGACAAAGCUCAAAUGGUGGAAGAUCAAAGUGAAGUUCGGGAAGAGCUAUUUGAGGUGGCUUAUAAAUGGUCUGCACUAUGUAGCCAAUUUGAGCACAAUUGCAUCGCUUCUAGAAAUACCUCUUGAGCACGUUCUUCUUCUUUUUAUAGAUUAUAUAUAUAUAUAUAUAUAU